CCUCCCUCCGUGAUCAUGACCAUGGCCCCCGCCCCAGCGCCAGGCCGCUCGCUGGCCGCCGCCGCCGCCCCAGCCGGCAAAGCCAAGCUCACGCACCCCGGGAAGGCCAUCCUGGCAGGUGGUUUGGCCGGAGGCAUCGAGAUCUGCAUUACCUUCCCCACUGAAUAUGUGAAGACUCAACUGCAGCUGGAUGAGAAAGCCAACCCCCCUCGCUACCGGGGCAUCGGGGAUUGUGUGAAGCAGACUGUUCGCAGCCAUGGAGUCCUGGGCCUCUACCGCGGCCUCAGCUCUCUUCUCUAUGGCUCCAUUCCCAAGGCGGCGGUCAGGUUUGGGAUGUUCGAAUUUCUCAGUAACCACAUGCGGGACGCCCAGGGCCGGCUGGACAGUACGCGAGGGCUGCUUUGCGGGCUGGGGGCCGGCGUGGCUGAGGCUGUGGUGGUCGUGUGCCCCAUGGAGACCAUCAAGGUGAAAUUUAUCCAUGACCAAUGUUCCACCAAUCCCAAGUACCGCGGCUUUUUCCACGGUGUGAGGGAGAUCGUCCGAGAACAAGGUUUGAAGGGCACCUACCAGGGCCUCACUGCCACCGUGCUGAAGCAAGGCUCCAACCAGGCCAUCCGCUUCUUUGUCAUGACCUCCCUCCGUAACUGGUACCGAGGGGACGACCCCAACAAGCCCAUGAACCCUGUAGUGACCGGGGCAUUCGGAGCCAUUGCUGGGGCUGCCAGCGUCUUUGGAAACACACCAUUGGAUGUGAUUAAGACCCGGAUGCAGGGCUUGGAGGCUCAUAAGUACAAGAGCACGUUGGACUGUGGCUACCAGAUCAUGAAGCAUGAGGGGCUCAAGGCCUUCUACAAGGGCACCGUGCCCCGCCUGGGCCGCGUCUGUUUGGAUGUGGCCAUUGUCUUCGUCAUCUAUGACGAAGUCGUGAAACUUCUCAACAAAGUGUGGAAGACAGACUGAAGCGGGAGCUGCUGCUGGUCAGCCCUGAGGCCCAGGAGACAGGGCCGGGGCGGACGAGAGGCCGUAACUGUGUUGGGGCUGGGUCCGAGGCCCACACCCAACCUAUUUCUGAGAGCCCUGUCCCUGCUCCUGGACGGCCAGGGCCUGUGGCGGAUGGGCGCUGCAAGCCCAGGCUUCCCAGGGAAGGGGUCUCCCCUGCCUCCCUCCCCACUGUGAGUAGAGCAGAGGCUUGGCUGGCCGGCCUUUAUGCACCAACCCUUCGGCCUCUGCCCCGCCUCUCCUUCCCCCCUCGUGCCCCAUCUUUCUUCUGAGACAUCCAGGGGGUGGGUCAUGCCCCCCCACCCCCCCAGGCUCUCAUGAUUCCAGUGUGAUUUGUGCCAAACAGAUCUUGUCCUGUGUUUUCUAUGUCGUGUCCAUGUUCUGUGUUCAGUGUUCCAUGUUUCGUGUGGAUCCUCGUGUCUGUCUAGUAUGUGUCUACUGCCGGCUCUACCCCCAUCUAUCACAACCACCAAUAACCCCGUGCCUUUUAAGCUACAGGCCUCCCUGGGGAGGAGGCAGGGAUUCCCCCGAGGGAGACAGGGGACCCCCACCUGAGUUUCUGCGCCUGGUGGUGCUUGGGGACACUCCCCGGGACCAAAUCCUUCUCUUUUCCUGGGUCUUCCUCUGGAGACAGAGAGGGAGAUCCCAGCUCCCACCCUGCCACUCCACACACCAAAGCUGCCUCUGGGGGUCCAGCCUCACUGGACGGCCCCCAAAGCCAUCGGUGCCCUUACCCUGGGCUUGUGGGAGUCCUCAUCACUCUGGGUUGGUGGGGGCCAGGUCGAGCCACAUGUCAUGGGACCAAGGUCUGUGUGGUGGGGGGAGGAGGGGAAAGCAGAUUGGGUCCCUAGCCUGAGCAGGACGGGCCUCUACAAUGGGGCCUGGACCUUCAACCCCGAAUCUACUUUCUGAGGCUCACUCAGGUUUUCCAACCACACCCGGAUGACAGAAUAAACCGGAAACUGGUGUCAAUGCC